GAUCUCUGCGCUUUCCGCUCGUCUCGUGUUAUUCCUUCAUCGUAGCGCCGUCAUGUCGAAGAGAGGACGUGGUGGAUCAGCUGGCGGAAAAUUCCGCAUCUCCCUCGGUCUACCCGUGGGGGCUGUGAUGAACUGUGCCGAUAAUACUGGCGCUAAAAACCUCUAUAUUAUUGCUGUGCAAGGAGUAAGAGGACGUUUGAACAGGCUGCCAGCUGCUGCAGUGGGAGACAUUGUGGCUGCAACUGUCAAAAAAGGAAAGCCAGAGCUCAGAAAGAAAGUUCAUCCUGCAGUGGUCAUUAGGCAGAGGAAGCCAUAUAGGAGGAAGGAUGGUGUGUUUAUAUACUUUGAGGAUAAUGCAGGCGUGAUAGUAAACAACAAAGGUGAAAUGAAAGGUUCUGCCAUUACAGGCCCAGUGGCAAAAGAAUGUGCAGAUUUAUGGCCAAGAAUUGCCUCAAAUGCUGGGUCAAUUGCCUGAUGUCAUUAAAGUAAAAAAAAAAAUAGAAAAAAA